CCGUUAGGAUACCCCUUAGACGAAUUACCCCCGACCGGCUCAUUCAGUCACCCACGAAAGUCUAAUCGGGAACCACAAAGUCGGAUCCAAAGAAACAACAUCAGCUCAGCUCGGAUUCACCGAAAAUGGUCGGCUCCAUACACGAACGCAUCCGCGAAGACCUUAUCGGCAAGGAGCGUCGUCUCUGGACGGCGCUCACCUCCGCUGACCCGGGGCCCGAGAUCAAGAAGAUGUGUAACGAAGAGGCCAACCUUCUUUUUCCGCAGCGCGAGGUUCUGCACCUGCACUCGAAGCCGUCAAUCAGCGAGGCGCUGAAGCCACCCUUCCAUCACUUCGACGAGUACGAAUUGCAGGAGGUGCGCGUGAUCGUCAUCGACCUGAUGGCUGGGUCAGUAACAUACAAGAUAAAUGCGCGCCGCGGAGAAGAGACGUACCGCGGCACCGGGUCGACUACAUGGAGCCAGGGAAGUGAUGGAGAGUGGCGGAUUGUGGUGCAUCAGGAGACAUUAAUGUGAUGAGACGAGAUCAAUUGAGAUUCAGAUGCAGGGGGGCAAUAUGGAAAGUGGCAGUGACAGUAGGGGAUGGAUGGAAUGAACGAAUCAUGAUUUGUUUUGAUGCACUCUGCUGAUGAAUAUUCCUUUUCUUGUUACAUUAUUUUAUUGAGUUUUUUCGUUGGACCCUGCGUUUCCAUUCAGGGGUUGAAUAUCCCUUGGCAUUGAUUGUGAUUGCGUGGAUGUAUGAAUGUG